CACCCGUGCUAUGUAGAAAUUCCAUCUCUCUGGGUGGGAGACAUUAAAAUAAGUCAAGCGGCCAAUCUUCGACAUCGUAACAUUUACGACCUUCACCAAUUGCCUCUUCUGCAAGCUGAUGUUUGGGAAAGGGUCCUUUAGCUGAGCUCACCCCCAGCAACGCUGUACUGGCAGGCUGAGAUGCUGAUGCAGACGCAGUCUUCCCCCUCGUCAGGCUUCCUGGAUGAGCCCUUAAAUCUUUUUCUUAAGUUUGCAGAAGAUCCCACCUUCAUCACCAGUGUUGUGUUCUUGGUUUGUGUGCGAAUGAUGAAGACACAUGGUGACAAGUAACAAACAUUUUAUUCUCUUUCUCCAACUCCAAGCAAAGGAACAAAAGGCAUAGGGCCAGAGACCCAGACAGUAUUAACCAAUAAAAAUUUAGCCUGGCGCCGCUCUGUCUGGUCCUGGGUAGCUUUUGGAAUGCCCGGGACUAGAUGCAACAUUUCUGGGCCUGCUGAGUUUCUUCAUCAGACCCAGGACACAACAGAAACAAUCUGCAUUUUAAAUCAAAUUCAAAUGUUGUAAAUUUCAAUAUCCAUGGGUAUUUUUUUUCAACAACUGACCGAAAGAGUCACUGUCGCUUUAAGGAAGAACUGGAACAGAUCCCAAUUGGGAGAACUAUAUUUAAAGCAAAACAUUGAGGGAGUCAAGCUGCUUUGCUGUAGGGAGGGCUUCUCUUCUUACUCCGGCAACGAUGCUGCUUCUCAUCUUCCAACAAUGCAUAAAAUUCCUCACCCUGCCCAUCCAUGUGCUUGCCUAUUUUGGAUUAUGGGACCCUAUUUGUAAAAAAAUAUUCCCAUUUUUCAUGCUGGCAUCGAGCAAAAUCUACAAUAUAAGAAUGCAUAAGAAAAAGGAGACGCUGUUCAAAAACCUGCGGGACUUCGCUGACGACUCGGGAAAGCUCCACCUGCUGGAGAUCGGUGUGGGCUCCGGCACCAAUUUUCAGUUUUAUCCACCCAACUCACAGAUUACCUGCAUGGACUACAAUCCCAACUUUAGAAACUUCCUCCUGAAGAGCAUGGCUCAGAAUACGCACCUGCAGUUCAAAAAUUUUGUGGUCGGCUCCACCGAGAACAUCUCUUCGGUACCAGAUGGCUCUGUGGACGUGGUGGUUAGCACGCUGGUGCUUUGCUCUGUCAAGAACACCCAGGCUGUCCUGAAGGAGGUUCUGCGAGUGCUCAGACCGGGUGGUGUAUACUGUUUCAUGGAACAUGUAGCAGCUGACAGAUCAACCUGGACCUACUUCUGGCAACAAGUCUGUAACUCUACCUGGAAAUAUGUGGGAGAUGGGUGCUCCUUGUUAAGAGAGCCCUGGAAAGAUUUGGAGAACGCGGGAUUUUCUAAACUGAACUUGCAACACAUCAUAGCCCCAAUGUUCAUACAUUUGAUUUGGCCCCAUAUUUAUGGAUACGGUGUGAAGUAAUUGUUCAAUCUGGAGAAAAGCGUCUUUCAGAUUUCUGAGUUUAAGGAAUUAACACUCACAAUGCAUAUACUGCUAUAAGAAAAGGGUUUCCUCUAUUCUAUAUGAUUCAGAAUGGAGAAAGGUUCCUAAAAGUUCAGGCUGCACUAAGCCUAAAUGGUACCUUGGAUCAGGUUUGGAGGGAGGGCAAAUAAUAAAGAUAAAAAUUAAUAUAAAAGAAAAAAUCAAUCCAAAGACUAUUGGGGGGGGGAAGCCCACACCAUAUUGCUGUGGCAUCACUCAGUCCACCAUAUCAGCUGCCCAGGAAGGAAAGCAAGAGGAGUCUGUUUUCGGAUAUUACUUACAACCUGUGUGGAGUUCUCUAAUAACAAAGUGGUAAUGGACAAAGCUCUCACUCAGGGGUGUCAAACUCGCCGCGUCACGUGACAUGCAACAACUUUUUCCCCCUUGCCGGAGCUGGGGUAGGCACAGCUUCCAUGUGACACAUCCGGCCCGUGGGCUGGCAGUUUGAUACCUCUGCUCUAACUUAAGCAGAAGUGGAGCAGAGACUCUUGCUUAAAUAGUACUUCAGACAGAAGCUUUGAUGGCCUUUAGGCAGUGGUGGGAUUCAGCCAGUUCAGCAGAACAGGUAGCUAAUUGUUUGUUGCCCAGGCCAAGAAUGGACUUCCGGAAGUGGCAUCCACACAGUGAAGAGGUUGUUCACGUAUUUGAAUCCCACCACUGGGUAGAAGGUUACACUAACAUCAUUCCUGAAGAUCUCUCUUACCUUUCUCAGCUUCUUACUGCCUGUACUUGUAGAGUAGAUAAAACUGCAUAUAUUGACAUGGAAUUAGACUGAAAGCUAAGGCUUAGCAUUUAGAAACUGAUAAUGUUGUAUCAAAGCUUGCUAACUGCUGAAUUAUGUAUUAUUUCUUAGUUUUACUUAUCAUACUUUUCAUUUUCAAUAAAAAAGGGUUUGGGGUUUUUUUUCCCCUCUGGUGAA